AUGUCAGCGCAAAUGCCGCCUGGCAUGCGGACACGAGAACAAAAGUCCGCAGAUGAGGUACUCAAGGAGCUGAAUCGUGUUCCGCUGUUCAUGACUUCGCUGGACGAGACGGACGGCGAAGGUGGCGAAAAUGUCAUGUUAGAAGCUAUCAAAGCUCUUGCAUAUGAAGGUACCAAAGCUGAAGUCGCUGCAAACUUCAGGGAGCAAGGCAAUGAGCAGGCUAGAGCCAAAAACUGGAAAGAUGCUCGUGACUUCUAUACGCAAGCUAUCCAGACCCUUCGUGGCACCCUGAAGACUACAGAAGCAGAGCCGGAUGCUUCUGUCAAGGUCAUCGAGAUCGAUGAGGAGGCUGAGGCGAAAAAGGAACGCGAACAUGAGGAAGCAUGUCUCGUCAAUAGAGCGCUCUGUAACCUCGAGAUGAAAAACUACGGAUCGUGCAACACGGAUUGUGCUGCAGCACUUCGACUCAACCCAAAGAAUGCAAAGGCCUGGUAUCGAGCGGCGUCAGCUUGUCUGGCUCUAGACAAGAUACCCGAAGCCCUGGAUGCUUGCACUUCCGGCUUGCAAUUUGACGCAAGCAACGCUGCGCUCAAAUCCCUGCUAACAGCCACCGAGAAGCGCCGGGAUUAUAUCACCAACCUCCAACGUGAGCGUGCCGCACGUAAGGAGCGCACACGAAGCGAACAGGCGACGCUCCGGCUGGCGCUCAAAUCCCGUAAUAUUCUGAGUCGUGAAACGGAGAGUCCGCCUGAGAUGGAAGAUGCGAAAAUAUCACUUGCGGAUGCUAACGAUCCUUGUUCGGUCUUGUCGUUCCCGGUGUUGUUUCUGUAUCCUUUACAUGCUCAGACGGAUUUCAUUAAGGCAUUUCAGGAGAACGAGACGUUGCUUGAGCAUCUCCAGUACAUCCUGCCUGUACCUUGGGAUGAGAAACAGGAAUACUCGGAUGCCCAGGUGGUCGAGUGCUACAUGGAGACUGUGCAGGGAGGAUUAAUCAAGGCUGGGAAGAAGCUCAGUCUAAUGAAACUUCUCGGCAGCGGUAAGCUCGAGAUCGUAGACGGUCUAGUGCGAGUCUACGUUGUACCAAAGGCUAGGGCUUCGGAGUGGAUCGAGCAAUUCAAAGCUCGACGUAGUAGGAGCAUGUAG